ACCCUUAUACGCGUCUUCUGCCUCUAUCCUCACUGUUACGCCUCUCGUGACUCUCCCGCCGACGCCUCCUGCAUUUUUCCGACGCCGGUGCUCCAUCCCGUCGCUUCUCGUUGACGCUGCUGCCGAAGCGUCAUCGCCAUCACAUCUCCUCGGUGCUCCGUACUUUCCCGUCGAUUUCUUCUUCGAUGCUCUGCUGCUCGACGUUCCUUCCUUCUCUGAUGUCCGUUUCUUCUCCACAAGGCGCAUCCUCCGUCGGUCGAUUGUCUCCGGGAGCACACCUCCUCCGACAUUCUUCUCUUUGGUCGAUUUCUUCUCCAACAAAGGUUUGUAUACUGAAUUUCAUCUAUGACAACAAAAUUGAGGUGAAUAUUGUUGAACUAUCUCUAUUAUCAAAUUUUAAUAAGCUUGAAGGGUUUGCCAACGAACAAUUGGCGGCAUUUGAUUCAAAACUCAAAUUGAAGAACACGGGUCGGCCUUUAUUGACUCGACUCAACUCACCCGGUAAAUUGCCGAGUAAUCCACCAAAAUAAUUCUUAGUUUUAUGCUUGUAAACACUUAGUUAAACAUUUGUGGUUGACACUUUUAAUGUGUAUUAUUAGAUACAUUUAAUGUAGUAUUAGUCAAUGUUAGUAAUAUGUAUUUGUAUUUGAUAUUUUUUUAGGUUUAUUAGUUUUAUU